AGACAAUCCACAGAAGUUCAAUAAACUCUUGAGCUUGCUGUGUGGAAGCUGACCUGGACUGUACCUCCGCCACGGCCUGCACAGGAUCUGACACAGGAAUGUGAGCCUCUGGUUAUUGAACCACACAUAGUAGUAAACUUCGCAAUCUCUCCGGUCUCGACUGCAGUCACUGAUGGCAAACUUCAAAGGGCAUGCUCUUCCUGGCAGCUUCUUCCUGCUCUUUGGCUUGUGGUGGUCAGUGAAGUAUCCACUCAAGUUCUUAGCAAAAAAUGGCAAGUCCUCCAGGCUGUUCUUUGACCGAGUGGAACUCAUUGAGGGGGUGGUGAAGACCAUUUUCUCAUUUGUGGGAAUUCUAGCUGAGCAGUUUGUCCCGGAUGGGCCCCAUCUGCACCUGCUGAGCCAGGACCGACAAUCCUGGGUCAAGCUAAUGAACUGGCAGCACAGCACCAUGUACCUGUUCUUUGGCAUCUCCGGGAUUGUUGAUAUCCUCACAUACUCCUCAGUCAGGAUCCCAGUGGGCGUUGACCGCCUGAUGCUGUCGCUAGCAGUGUUCAUGGAAGGUUUCCUGUUUUACUUCCACGUUCAUAACCGGCCUCCCCUGGACAUGCACAUCCACUCACUUAUGCUGACCGCCGUGUUUGGAGGUUCUUUUAUCAUAAUGAUGGAGGUUUUCCUGCGAGAUAACAUUGUGCUCGAGCUGUUCAGGACCAGCCUGGCAAUCCUGCAGGGAACUUGGUUCUGGCAGAUCGGCUUUGUACUCUACCCUCCCAAUGGCGGGCCCGAGUGGAAUUUAAAUGACCAUGGGAACUUGAUGUUCAUCACACUGUGUUUCUGCUGGCAUUUUGCAGUCGCCAUUUCUAUUGUCGCAAUUAGCUACACCCUGAUAUACGGGUUUAUAAAAAUCAGAUCGAAGAGAGACGGUGCUUCAGAGAUGGAACUGCGGGGCAAGUCGGAGAAGUACCGAUUGUUGAGCAGUUCUGACGUAGAAUGACAUGACCAGCAGCUCCUGCGCUUCCCUCUAUUCACACUGACAAGUUGAUGAUUUCUGUCUAAUUUUUUUUCAAUUGUGAAUGUUGUUUGUUCCCUUGAUCCCUUUGAAUCACUGUUUGUAUUGGUGGAACAGGAGUGAGUGGCAGGGAAUAUCUUUUGUGAAACGACGCUGGUCAUGGGAAUCUGAAUUGUCUCCUAUUUUCACAGACCCACCAGAACUCACAGAUUAGGUUCGUGCCUAAAGCAAAUUCUUCACCCAAGUGCAGCAGGGAACAGGCAGGUUGUGGAUAGGAGCUAUCUCUUUUGAUGGAAUCCGGGGAAUAAUUUUAGUGCGGGAAAGUAAUAUCAGAAUGUUCAGUGCAGAGAUCUUUUUGUUUCAUCUGACAAUCUACAGUACAUGCUUCAGUGUUAUCAACUGAAACUGCUUUGAAUACCAACCGAUCUUGAUCAGUCUCAGACUGUAGUGGUUUCGAUAGCCCAUCCUCCACCAACUGAUCUGCCUCUCAUCCUCAACGAUACGUCCCCUUUCCCUGCAAUAAACAACGUGCAUUUUUAACAAAAUUGACAGGAACUCUUAAUCUCAUUUCAGGUUGAUUUUGUUGCAUCUAUUUGGAGGAGGACAGGCACACAUACAAAACCUUUCAGAGUCUCAUAACAUCCCGGAGCACAAUAACUGGUUUAGUAUGUAUGGUCAGGGAGAGCAGGAGCUACAGAGUGCCCCACACGCACCAGAUGGCAACACCCACUGCGCUGAAGGAACUCAGCAGGUCAGGCAGCAUCUAUGGAGGGAAACACACAUUUUGGAUUGUGCCCUGUCCUCUGGAAAGACAGUGGUUAUGUUGUUGGUGAUACGUUCUAUGUUCUAUUGUAGGCAGAAAGGAUUAGUUUAGUUGCAUGUUUUGUCCUUCUAGCUGUCCCUCAGUUCUGCUAACAAUUUACCCAGUGUUGAAUUCCAUUCAUUUCCAAAGGCUUACACUGUACGUCUUCCCUUUGGUGAAGCAAACACAAACUAUGAAAAUUAUUUCCAGAUGUGCAGCUUGCAGAUCCUUGAUAUCUUUCAUCCUCCCUCCGAGCUUGCUGAUCUGUUGAUCUCCCUCCUGGUAUUUAUCCCUGCAACCUGCUCCCUCACCUCCUCCAUUCAGGGCCCCAAACAGUCCCUCCAGGUGCAGCAACACUUCACCUGCGAGUCCGUCGGGGUCGUCUAUUAUGCCCGGUGCUGCUGGUGCGGCCUUGUCUACAUCAGCGAGACCCAGCGUGGAUCGUGGGAACCGCUUCGGCCAGACCCUUAGUUCUGUCUGCCACAACAGGUGGGAUUUCUCAGUGGCCACACAUCUUACUUCUACCUCCCAUUCCCAUUCUGACAUGGGCUCCUCUAUGGCCACAAUGAACACCUCAUAUUAUCAUGGUCCGGUCCAUGAAGUCCACAUUCCGAUUCACAGAUUGGUCCAUCGAUCCUUAUUCCAGGUUUUCCGGUUUUCCCUUGUUCUGUUGGUGCCUUAAUUGAGGCAACCUCUGCCUGAAGCCUUGGUCUGAAGCCUUUUCCUGCAACCUCGCCAGUGUUCUCGCCUGUAUUGCUGUCAAGUUCUACCGCCAGAGCAAGACCGGAGCCUUGCUGUGUCUAGAUAAGGCACUGUCUAUCGUUGUUUGGAUCUGUCCCUGUGUCCACGCCUUCGCUAGGUAGGUCCGGCUGUUCGCCGCUACCUUGUGUUAAGAACUGUCUCUCUGUGUUCUAUGUAUGAGUCCUGGCCCUACGUCCUGUUCCCAAGGAGGGGUCCCGGCUCUGUGUUCCAUGUUCCUGUCUCUCAAGACCAAGGCUCUGGGUUCUGCGUUCUUGUCUCCCAAGACCAAGUCCCUGUGUUCCAGUUCUGCCAAGACCAAGUCAAGGCUUUGGGUUCUCAUCCAGUCCUGUAGCCACGCCAUGUCCUGUAGUCACUUCUUGUCCUCGCCUAGAUCCGGGGUCCGAGCCAGAGCCAAGACCAAGGUUCUGAGUCCCUGUCCAGUCUCUGGCUUGGAGUCCUAGCCCAGGCUCCUAUUUCCAAUUUUCUUGUCCUGGUGCCACUUCCCUAGUCAAGUCCUAGCCCAGGCCCUGUAUCCUAGUCUCGUCCAGGGCCUCUGUCAAUGUCCAGCGUCGUUUCUUCCUCACUUCCCUUGCUUUCUUGACACACCGAGUCCUGUUCCUUGUACUUCAGUGUCUGUGUCUUGCAUUUGGGGUCUGCUCCUAGCGCACCCCCCCGCCAUAUGACAGAUAUUCCUUCUGGGUAGCCUCCAACCUGAUGACAUGAAUAUCGGUUUCUCUAACUUCUGGUAAUUUCUCCCACCUCCACCUUCUCUCUUUUUCCAUUCCCCAUUCUGGCUCCUCUCCUCUCCUCACCUGCCUAUCACCUCCCUCUCGUGUCCCCCCGCUUCGCUUUCUCCCGUGGUCCCCUGCCUCUCCUAUCAGAUUCCUUCUUCUUCAAUCCUUCUCCUUUUUCACCAAUCACCUCCCAGCUCCUCACUUCAUCCCCCUUCCCCCACACACCCGACUUCCCUCUCACCUGCCAGCUUGUAGGCUAUUGCAGAGCAUAAACAGCAGCUGUGACAAGCUGAAGUAAAAAGCCUGUGACUGUAUGCACUCACCUUGUAUUACCAAGACCCAAGGUCACUUCUCUUUCCAUGGUAUGCGCUCCGUGUUCAGGGCGGGGCUGGUUCAAACGUAUACUUCAAAAUGGCAUUCCUUUGCGAUGAGACAUUACCAGCCUGAAAGUGAUGGCAACGGAGCCUGUCUGACCAGUUUGAGCAGAGGAACCUGUUCCUGUCCUGGACGUUUCUGUUGUUGAUCGUUAACCAGGGAGAGUGCACCCUCAAUACAUCCCAAGGUUACACAUCAAUCUUGAUUAAAUGUCAGUGUGGUACGACAGAUGCUGUUUUCAGAGAGGAACACUCAGAGGAUCUACUCAAGCCCGAAAAGGCUUAACAUGAUAUCUUUCCUGCUAAGAUGAUACCAAUAAAGGUCACGCCAAUGAUCUUACAUCAGAAACUGGGAAUAGUUAGAAUCAGAACAAAUUUUAAUUGCGAAGGGAGGGGAAAGGACAGAGAGAACAAAUGAGCAAAUAUGAAAGGGUGGGGCAGAGGACAGACUGUGGUAUUGAUGCUGGGAGGAGCAAAAUGAAAUCUUAACCACGAGGAGAGGAAAAUAAAAUAUAGUUUGCUGGAACGUGGAGUACAGAGUGAUGUACAAAUGCUGGAGGGAAAUGGACAGUUGACAUUGCAAGUCAAAACCUUUCAUCUGGUCUGGAAGAAAGAGUUUGUAGUUUAAAGUUCUUUUAUUAUCAAAGUAUGUAUACUGUAUACCACCUUGAGAUUCGUCUUCUAACAGGCAGCCACAAAAUAACGAGAGCAAAUAGAACCUAUUAAAAAGAAACUGUCGAACACCCGAUCUGCAGAGGAAAAAAAAACAAAUUGUGCAAACAAUAAAAGUAAGCAAAUAACAUUCAGAACUGAAGUUCAUCAAAGUGAGUCCACAGCCACGAAGCCAGUCAUCACUACAGCCAAUUCAGGAGCCCGUUAGUUGCAGGCCACAGCCUCAGUUCAGCUCAGAGACCAGAAAACCUCACCAAUCAGUGAGCUGACCACCGUCCCGUCCUUCUCCUCCGGCCCUGACACCCUGGCCUUUCCAAUCUGGCCUGGCGCGUAAAUCAGCCAAUCAGCAGGUUGCUCCUCGCUCUCAGACCAGGGCCCUGCCGAUUUGAAACAAUCUCGGGCCCAGGCCCCACUACCUCAGUUUGGCCCAUACCCGACCUUUCCAAUCUGGCGCGGCACUUAAAUAGGUCAAUCAUCAGUUUGUUCCUCGCUCUCAGGCCCCGGUGCUGCUGCCUCAACUCUGCCUUGCCUCGGGUUCUGCCGUUUUGAAUCACCUCCAAGUCCGCUCCAGCAGCCAAGCAUUGGCUCUCAGGCCUGGGCCUUGCCACCUCAAUUCAACCUGUACACGCAACGCCACAACCGUCCCACACUUUCUAGACUUCAAUUCACGCUGCAAAGGUGUCAGGUCAUACAGGUGGUUCAAAAGCUCAACUCCGAAAGGGAAGUUACGGGUUACUGAUUGCAGUGAUAAUUUUUAAGAAAAAGUGUGAUUAAUAAAGUAGUUAGUAGUUUUAUUUGCUGACAGCAAGUCAUCACAGUGUUUCACCAGUGCCAUCUUAAACCGGAAGAGGGAAAGAGGGGAGAUAUACAGUAUAAAAGGGUGGAGGAAGAGUUGCAGUUUAUGGGUGUAUCCAGGCGAGGGGGAAGGGUUGAUAGGCAGGCAAUGUAAGAAGCUGGGAGGUGAUAGACUGAAGUGACAAAGGUCUGAAGAAGACAGAAUCCAACAGGAGAGAACGGUGGACAGUGGAAUGAAGGCGAGGAGGUGAGGACAGGGGCAGAGGGAGGAGUGUGUGGGUGAUGAGAAGAUGGAGAGUGCAGGGAAGGGGAAAGGGCAGGAGUGAUGGGGCUACUGCGAUAAUUUCCCUCCUUAGAUGGUGCCUGACCUGCUGAGUACCUGCAGCAUUUUGUGUGUUGCUCCAGAUUUCCAGCAUCUGCAGUCUACGUGGAGUAUAGAACUGGCACUGCUCAUUGUCUGAGAUAAACUAUAGCCGCUGGGAACCUCAAAUAAAUACAGAAAGUUCUGGUAACCAUCAGUGGGUCAGGCUGGAUCUAUGGAAAGAGAAAUUAAGUUAAUGUUUCAGAUCAAAGAUGAAAGGCCAAUAAUCUGAAAUGUUAAGUCUGCCUGUCUUCCCAAAUUCCACUUGAAUUUGUUCUCAUUGUAGAACAAAUUCAUCUACAACACGUCAAAUUCAUCUAUAACAGGAGCUGUUCCUAAGGUUCACGCUAAUUUCUCUUUGGACACGGUGCAGGAGCAUUGAGUGGAAAAAAAGUGGGAAUGGAGAAUUACAGUAAGAGAAGGCUGGAGGGUCAACAUUGCCCUCAUGGGCUGAAGAAAGCUGCUCGGCAAAACAGUCACCAGAUUUGUGCUGGGAUUUCAGAGCAGAGCAGGUCACUAAGCAGAAGAACAGUCAUCCGGCCUCAACCCUGGGACAGACUUUCCUCUUAAUUAAAGGGGAGGGCUAGUGUAAUAAGUGUAGAGUUAAGUUUAAAAAAAGGAAAUUUGGAAAUCAGACAGAUACGAUUCAUUAUUGAUAGGGAAAAUCAAGGGAUUUUUGUGACUACAUGAAAAGAAAGAUGAUGAUAAAGGAAGAGUCACAUCUCUGAGUAUGAAAGGGCUGUCGAUGGGUGAAUGUAGCUCUAAAUGAAUAGCUGGUGCCUGCUGUCACAUUGAAUAGGGCCUUCGGGUUUAAAAAUCUCAUUUGUUUCCAAGUCACCUUCUGUUAAUCUGCAGACCCAUCAUGUGUAGUUGCCUCUGCCCUGUCAGUUCUGGCCUCCUGCUGCUGCACGAGGUCUCACCAGCAGAUGAUCUGAUGCAGGAGUUACAUUGGGCAGGGUUACAGAUGAGAAAAUUCAUUAUUUUAGUGAUAAGACCAUAAGACCAUAAAAUAUCAGAGCAGAAUUAGACCAUUUGGUCUAUUGAGUCUGCUUUGCCAAUUCAUCACGGCUGUUCCAUUUGCCCUCUCAACAUCGCUCUCUUGCCUUCGCGCCGUAACCUUUCACACAAUGACGAAACAACAAACUAACAACCUCUGCCUUAAAUAUACCCAAUAACCUGGCCUCCACAGCCACCUGUGGUGAUGAAUUCCACAGAUUCAUCCCUCUCUGGCUAAAGAAAUUCCUCCUCAACUCCAUUCUAAAUUAACGUCUCUCUAAUCGGAGGCUGUGCCUUCUGGUCCUAGACUCCCCCACCACAGGAAACAUUCCCUCCACAUCCACUCUCUCCCUUUCAGCCUUUGAUAGGCUUAAAUGAGAUUCCGCCCACCCCCACCACCCCACCAUUCUUCUAAACUCCUGCAAUUACAGGCCCAGAGCCAUCAAAGCCUCUUCAUAUGAUAACCAUUUCAUUCCUGGAAUGAUUCUCGUGAACCUUCUUUGAACCGUCUCCAAUAUCAGUACAUCCUUUCUUAGACAAGGGGUCCAAAACUGUUCACAAUACUCCAAGUGAGGUCUGACCAAUGUCUUAUAAAGCCUCAGCAUCACAUCCUUGCUUUUACAUUCUAGUCCUCUUGAAAUGAAUGCUAACAUCGCAUUUGCCCUCCUUACCACUAACUCAACCUGAAAAUUAACCUUUAGGGAAUCCUGCACAAGAACUCCCAAGUCCCUUUGCACCUCAGAUUUUUGAAUUUUCUGCCUGUCUAGAAAAUAGUCUACAUUUCUACCAAAAUGCAUGACCCAUUCACUUCCCAACAUGGUAUUCCAUCUGUUAAUUCUUUGCCGAUUCUCCUAAUCUGUCUAAGUCCUUCUGCAGCCUCCCUGCUUCCUCAACACUACCUGUCCCUCCACCUAUCUUCGUAUCAAAGCCAUCAAUUCUGUCUCCAAAUCACGCCUCAUUGACAUAAAAUGCAAAAAGAAUUAGUCACCAGCAGCCAGCCAGAAAAGGCUCCCUUUAUUCCCACUCUUUGCCUCCUGCCAAUCAGCCACUGCUUUAUCCAUGCUAGAAUCUUUCCUGUAAUAUCAUGGGCUCAUAGCUUGUUAAGCAGCCUCGUGUGUGGCACCUUGUCAAAGCCCCGCUGAAAAUCCAAGUACACAACAUCCACUGAUUCUCCUUUGUCUAUCUUGCUUGUUAUUUCUUCAAAAGAAUUCCAACAGGUUUAUCAGGCAAGAUUUCCUCCUUAAGGAAACCAUGCUGACUUUGACCUAUUUUAUCAUGUGCCUCCAAGUACCCCAAAACUUCAUCCUUAACAAUCGACUCCAACACCUUCCCAACCACUGAAGUCAGCCUAACUAGCCUAUGAUUUCCUUUCUUUUGCCCCCUCCCUUCUUGAAGAGUGUAGUUAUGUUUGCAAUUUUCCAGUCUUCCAGAACCAUUUCAGAAUGUAGUGAUUUUUGAAAGAUCACUACUAAUGCCUCCACAAUCUCUUCAGCCACCUCUUUCAGAACUCUGGGGUGUAUGCUAUCUGAUCCAGGUGACUUAUCUACCUUCAGAUCUUUCACUUUCCCAAGCACCUUUCCCCUUGUAAUAGCAACUGCACUCACUUCUGCUUGAACUUCCAUCAUAUUGCUGGUGUCAUCCACAGUGAAAUUGGAUGCAAAAUACUUAUUCAGUUUGGCUGCCAUUUUGCUGUCCCCUAUUAGUACCUCUCCAGCAUUUUUUUCCAGCGGUCCGAUAUCCACUCUUGCCUCUCUUUUACACUUCAUGUAUCUGAAAAAACUUUUCAUACCCCUUUCAUAUUAUUGGCUAGCUUACUAUUGUAUUCCAUCUUUUCCUUCUCAAUGACUUUUUAGUUGCCUUCUGUUGGUUUAUAAAAGCAUCCUAAUCCUAUAACCAUAUAACCAUAUAACAAUUACUGCAUGGAAACAGGCCAUCUCGGCCCUUCUAGUCCGUGCCGAACUCCUACUCUCACCUAGUCCCACCGACCGGCACUCGGUCCAUAACCCUCCAUUCCCUUCCUGUCCAUAUAUCUAUCCAAAUUAACUUUAAACGACAACAUCGAACCUGCCUCAACCACUUCUGCUGGAAGCUCGUUCCACACAGUUACCACUCUCUGAGUAAAGAAGUUCCCCCUCAUGUUACCCCUAAACUUUGGUCCUUUAACUCUCAACUCAUGUCCUCUUGUUUGAAUCUCCCCCACUUUCAAUGGAAAAAGCCUAUCCACGUCAACUCUUAUCAAUCCCCCUCAUAAUUUUAAAUACCUCUAUCAAGUCCCCCCUCAACCUUCUAUGCUCCAAAGAAUAAAGACCCAACUUGUUCAACCUUUCUCUGUAACUUAGGAGAUGAAACCCAGGUAACAUUCUAGUAAGUCUUCCCUGUACUCUCUCAAUUUUAUUGACAUCUUUCCUAUAAUUCGGUAACCAGAAUUGUACACAAUACUCCAAAUUUGGCCUUACCAAUGCCUUGUACAAUUUCAACAUUACAUCCCAACUCCUAUACUUAAUGCUCUGAUUAAUAAAGGCCAGUAUAUCAAAAGCUUUCUUCACCACCUUAUCCACAUGAGAUUCCACCUUCAGGGAACUAUGCACCAUUAUUCCUAGAUCCCUCUGUUCUACAGCAUUCUUCAAUGCCCUACCAUUUACCAUGUAUGUCCUAUUUUGAUUAGUCCUACCAAAAUGUAGCACCUCACAUUUUUCAGCAUUAAACUC